AUGCGGCCGACAACCCAAUUACCGCUACGGACGCUCUCGCGUGCCAUCAGCACCACCAUAAACUCCCGUAUGAUGCACGCCACUGCCUCCAAAGCCGCCAACGUCGCCCCGAUUCUCGGCACCGGACCACCACCUGAACCCCCAACCCCAGCUGUCCGCAACAUGAACGAGCGAAUUGAGCGUCGUCGCAAACAAGCCGAGUUAUUGAAGCAAGCCAAAGUAAUCAGGAACGCCAAGGAUGGAAAGUCGACGACCCUGCGGAAGAGAUUCUGGAAAGAGGUCAGCGUUCAAGAAGUUGAUGGCGCGCUGCAAAUCAAUCUCGACACCCGUCCGCUGCGACACCCCCAAACCAAAGAAAUCAUCCGACUACCUCUUUCCAAGCCGAACCUCGCCUUCGCAAUCGCCCUCGAAUGGGACAACCUGACCUCCGCACAGCAAGCCACCAAGCAGCACCUCAUCCCCCUGACAUCUCUGGUCUGCAGAGCAGUAGACAUUGAAAAGGACGAUGCGUCAAGCACCCCCAGCUCGGCAAAGAUCCGAAACGAAAUCACGACCAGCGUCCUGCGAUAUCUCGACACAGACUCCCUGCUGUGCUGGGCACCACCCGCCGGAGAGUAUGAUCUGCGCAACGACGAAGGCGAGUCGCUGCGUGAUGUUCAAAAGCGCACAACUGACGACAUUGUGUCAUUCAUGACGACCCACGUCUGGCCCGGCAUCAAGAUUGAGCCUGUUCUUGAUGGGGACGCCAUCAUGCCACGGAAACAGGAGGAGGGCGUGCGCGAGGUCGUUCAAGGCUGGGUAUCAGGGCUGAGUCCCUGGGAAAUUGCGGGCCUAGAGCGAGCCGUUUUGGCGGGCAAGUCUCUCAUUGCGGCGGCGCGGUUCAUCACCGAAUGGAGCGAGGGACCUGUCAGGAAGCCCAAUUUGACGGGUGACGUGCAGUUUGGCGUGGAGGAGGCUGCCAAGACGGUUAGUCUGGAGGUAGAUUGGCAGCUAACGCAGUGGGGAGAGGUUGAGGAUACGCAUGACGUGAACAAUGAGGAUGUGCGGAGGCAGUUGGGGAGUGUGGUGUUGCUGGUUUCGGGGACAGGGAAGCAUGCUUAG